AUGGCUUCCACCAGCAACUUGAGUGCUUUAUUCCACGCCAUUCCUUACUUUCAGUCCACACUUGAUAACAUUCUUUCACCCACAUCUCUUUGCUCUGUCUGUUGCGGUAUGCCACACAACGUCGAGCAGCGAAAGUUCACACAAGCCCCUGCCCCUGGCGAGUUAGCCUGGCUCCCAUCGAUGCAGGAUCUCAUCGCGGCUGACAACACCUUUUGUGUUGAACAACAACAACGUGCCCUGAACGCAGGCGCUUUCAACCACCCCUGCGUGGUCCUCAAAUCAUCGUCCUGCAGCCACCUUGUCUACUGCGCGCCCUGCACAUCUUUUGGAGGAAAAGGCAUCAAGGCGAAAUUCAACAAAGCGAACAAGAAUAGCGACGCAUUCUAUCGCCACCUUUCGAUCAAGAGGGAGGGAUCUCAACCUCACUCGAGCCUCCCCGAACUUCACCUUCAAGCAACCUGUGGCCCAAAGAAGCCAACAUACAUCGUUUUGGGAAAGGGGUUCUGGAUCGAGCGGUGGGCCCUGAACACUUACCGCAUUGAUGGACAAGCACAAGUGUUGCAGUCAGCAUCACUCGAAUUCCUGAAAUACGCCCACCAAAUCGCAGAGAGUUAUCACGCUGAGCAGGAUCGACUUCAGCACCGAAAGCAGGGUGUGAACUCUCCUCUCGCACAACGUUGUUGGCGACAAGAUCCUUCUGUUGGUGGCCGGACAUCACCAACCUUUAAGCCCGCCAUGUGCUCGCGACCAGUGACAUUCACGCCACGAUCGCAGGUGAGCUUCAACCACCAAGCGAACUUCAGCCACCAAGCGAGCUUCGACCACGCCCAGUCAUCCAAUUGCGCCCCAUUCAUUCCUUGGAACGCAGGUCACAGCGUGUGGACUCAGGCCACGCCCUACGUGACGGUGGAUCACUACAACCACUACUAA